GUUUUUGUGGAGAUUUAGGCCAUGAACCUAACCUGCUUGGUGUUGAUUACGUGUCUGAUACACAUUUGCUACUCAGAUCUACCCCAACUCUGCCCUAAUGAAGACAAGAGCAAAGUGAUCUUCCUUGAGCCAGGCACACGUCAAACUGUCACCAUCUGUGUACUGACCGAUACGGUCAGUGACCUCUACCCCAAGCUAAGGAUCGCUGGCCUGAUCUUCAAUCGGGAGAUGGAGGACAUGUCCUACAGGUUUGACUGGCACAGGAAGGACAUGUAUAGCUGGCUGGCUAAGGCCAGGAUCACGCUGACCUCUCUCACACAGUACCGGAAGCUGGAUAUUGUCCUGCUAGACACGCCCUCUAGAAGCCUGAGCUACGUGAUACACAUUAGGAGGCCAGAAGAUCUGUACAACAUCAACCUGACCAUAGACACUAGUGGAUCAAACACGGGUAUCACGUGCUCAGCUCCAGGCUAUGGCAGGAACAUGGUCUUGUACAGAAAAUUUUCCUUGGAGGUUUUGUCGCGGAGCGUAGUGGCCAAUCACGAGGAGGGCGUGUCUCAGAUCCGGUUAGACAGACAAACUUCCUGUCAGCUGAUGGGCACAUACGAAUGUCAAGUUGAUACACCACAAGGUCUUCGUGUAAAGGGUGAAGACCUAGUGAUGGCAAAAUGCCCCCCUCAGCUCUGCAGCUCAUUAAACACAUCCGAAAUUAUUCCCUUCUUUGAUGGUCAGUCGCUGAUGAUUAGUUUUUGCCUGAUUAAUUUCUCCCCAUCCGAUAAUCUCAUGACCUUAAACGGUGAGCAGAUUGUCGUGUCCGGCACAGACGCACGUAAAUAUACAGCCGUCGUCCGGCGUCUGUCGUCAGAGUUGUACAGCAACAUCAGUCUCGUCAUACGAGAGCCUGUUCCAGCUGACAUGAGAGAAUACACAUUGGAAGUUUGGGCAGCAGGGGAAGGCACUAGGUUCGUCAAAGAAGGGGAGAACACUACGUCUGUUAGAGGAGGGGAGAGCACUAGGAUUACGUUUAACUUGGCGUGGGCUAACAAAGAGUGUGUCUCGAGCCAGCAGACAGUCCUGUCAAAAGUCGGCUCCAGCCUCACUGUCCAUCUCUGUAUGUGGACAGUGCCAGAAAAUCUGACACUUGCGGUCAUCAAUGGAGAAACGCACACGGUCAAGGUCGGCAAUACGAGCACCACCCCCAGCCCCACCCCCAGCUCCAGCAGGGUAGUGGUCAGCUACAACAGGGGUCAGUUUCUGGACGGACACCCCUACGUCACGGUCCAGUGGCUAAAGCUGGAGCCAAGAGAUUUCCAGACGUGGCUCGUGUACCUGCCAGAACUGAACUACACGUUCACAUUUUCACUGGAACCUUCAGAAGAAUAUUUACAGCUCUGCUCACCUGACCAGCACACCCGGAAGUUCCAGACCACACCUGGCAGCCAGUUGACCUUUGACACGUGUGUCAGGUCAAUGCUGGUCAACAUGUUCUAUGACUUUUACGUCGUCAUCAACGGCACCCGGUACCCCACCCUCGGGUGUGGUGAGGACGGGAGGGUUUGCGUCACGUGGAGAAGGGGCGAGCUCGCGGAACUCACAUUCACAUUUUUUAUCACUCUGAGAAACACGUCCGAGUCGGACUAUGGUGAGCUGACGGUUUUUAUCGGCCACCACAACCACCAACACGCCAUCAACUUUACCAUCCUGCUAGAGCCUACACAUCCCGAGAAGUUCUCUAGCCGUGAACUCACUAGAGAUAAGGACGUCUACAUCAUCAUCUACGUUGUCGUCUGUCUGGUUGUCAUAGUUAACGGAGUUGCUGUCGUCGUCGUGUUUAAUGUGUAUAGAUCGAGAACAAAAGUCAAUAGAAAACAUUCCUACACACGACAAAGUGGAAUCAACUUUCAAGAGGCAAAUAACGAUUACAUGAACUCACGUGAUACACCACGUGACCAGACACGUGACACGGCACCACCUUGCAGCUCCGCACAUAGUCAUGUAGCACCACUUGUAGACAUCAAGCCGCCACUGUACCCAUCAAGGUCGCUUCCUUCCCGACCAGGAACUUCACAGUCUGAUACUGAGGGGCGGGGCUACAGCAAUAGCAGGCUGAAACAACAUCUCCCCUGUAACAAUAUCACUGGUCACGUGAUAACCUACACAACUAUAGCCAUGACGACACCACUUUAUAGCACACCACACCAGCCUCUCCCCGGCGAUAGAAUCAUGCUCCCCACACGAUCAAGACAAAGUCUGAGUUCCAGUAGCGAGGAUGAUGAGUCAUCCUGCAGUCUCACACACUCCCGGCAUUCGUUAGGAAUAAACUCAGUGACCUCUGGAUCUUGUCAACAUGCCAGUAGUUCCCUAGCCUGUCAACAUAACAGUAGUUCCCUAGCUGGUCCAAAAGCCAAUAGUUCCCUAGCCUGUCAACAUAACAGUAGUUUCCUAGCUGGUCCAAAAGCCAAUAGUUCCCUAGCCUGUCAACAUAACAGUAGUUCCCUAGCUGGUCCAAAAGCCAAUAGUUCCCUAGCCUGUCAACAUAACAGUAGUUCCCUAGCUGGUCCAAAAGCCAAUAGUUCCCUAGCCUGUCAACAUAACAGUAGUUCCCUAGCUGGUCCAAAAGCCAAUAGUUCCCUAGCCUGUCAACAUAACAGUAGUUCCCUAGCUGGUCCAAAAGCCAAUAGUUCCCUAGCUAGUCAGCACGACAAAAGUUCCCUAGCUAGUCAACAUGCGAGUAGUUCCCUAGCUGGUCCGCAAGUCACUAGUUCCCUAGGUGGUCAACAUGACAGUAGUUCUCUAACUAGUCAAAAUGCCGGUAACUCACUGGGCUAUUCUAGAGUCAGGGAUGGUCCACUACACCAUUUGUUUACAUCUGGUGAGAGUCUUGGCUACAUCUCACUUCUGCCGAGUCCCACAGGCUCUGUUUGCUGGUGA